AAAAAACGAAAAAAACCUUCAAGGCCAUCUCUCUCUCUCUCUUCUACCCUUCUACCUCGCUGAUACACUCUCCCUUCACUCCUAAAAAACGAUGUCGUAUAUCCCUCCUCACCUGAGAAACUCAAGCUCAACCACUACCGUUACUACUAGCAGAACUCAGUCACCGCCUUUAACAGACACUAAUCUCUCCCAUUCCUCUUCAAAUUCCACCUCCCCGCCACUUCUUCUUCCUCCACAUUCAACUCUCUCUCCUUACGGACCUCCGCCUCCGUCGCGCGAACCAUCUCAGUUCCUCAACCUGUUUUUCCUCAGUGGAGGCCCUCCGACCGCGUCCUUCGCUUCUCUCCAGAUCAAGUUCACUUCCUUUUCAAAUUGAAGAAAUUCGUUCUCAGCUCAAAAUAAAUGUCAAUGUUGCUUCGGGUUCAUCUCCUGCACCUGCGCCUAUUGAAUCAUUUGAAGAUAUGUACCAUGAAGGAUAUUGCGCAUCAUGAGCAUACGCGGCCGACUUUGAUUCAGGCUCAGGCAAUGACAGUUGCCCUUAGUGGAAGGGAUUUGUUGGGUUGUGCUGAAACUGGUAGUGGAAAAACUGCAGCAUUUACCAUUCCUAUGAUACAGCAUUGCUUGGCUCAACCUCCUGUUCAGCGUGGUGAUGGACCAUUGGCGAUGGUGUUGGCUCCUUACAGAGAACUUGCUCAGCAAAUUGAGAAAGAGGUGUGAUACCUGGUCCUUAGAUGUAGAGAGCAAUGAUAUACUCAUGGAUUACAUCUGUCAUUCUGGUCAUGUUUUGUUUAUAUACAUUGUGGAGUAUCAUCAAUGUGUGGAACUGUCUUUGAAAACUCCUUUUGCAUUUGGUUAAUUUUUUUUAGUUGGGACUAUUAUUGACUUUAUUUGUAUUGAUGGAACUUAUUUUCCUGAGGUUCCUGUCCAUACUUAGAUUUGUAGUUGUAGCAACUAGUAAGUUUAUAUAGCGUUUCUACUUUUCCUGGCAUGUUUUAUUGGACCCCUUAAUUUAUUUGUUUUGGGGUUUUGGAUCAUUGACAUA